UCAGAGGACAGUCUCCUCUGCAGGCAGCGUGCGCGCCACACACACUCAGCGUCACGUUCGCUUGGCAACUCUCCGGUGUGUAUGUGUGUGUGCGCGCGCGCCCAGAGCGAGAUUAUUCCCCGCGGCGAGGUAAACUAUAAAGAAUAACAAAAGCUUUCAAAGAUGAUGUUCCAAGCCGUCUCCGGUGGUCGGAGUAUUUCGUCAGCGUGAACGAAAGGAUUUUGUAGAUGGGAGAGAAGAUGGCAAACCAUGUUCCUGACUUGUGAAAAAUUAAUGUUGAAGCUAUUCUUGUGAAGCGACACAACAUUACACAACUCUGUGUGAUUGCCUCAUUUAUAAACCUGAUGAACUACAUCCUAAUGGUUCGAGAUUGAUGAGACGUGAAUUGCAACAAAGGGGAAAGAUGUGGGCGUCAUUGUUUCCAAUGAUUGCUGCUUUUGUGGCUGUCCACGUUGUGCAGUGUCAAACCUUAUGCACCAGACAAGGUUCUCUUGACUGGCAUCUUAAAAAGCACACAGUCCAAAUAAAUUGGACUUUAAUAGGAAACAUCUGUAAAACCGGAUCUGAGUGCUGGGAUUCUCAGGGGGGCAUCAAUUUCAGCGAGCAGCUUUUCAGCUUUCCACAGAUAUGCCCGCACCAGCUUCAACAUGGAGACCAACUGUGGAUGGCUGCUGAUGAAACCCUCGAGUCAUAUGGCAUCAGGAUCCUCAAUGUGUCAAAAGAAAGCUUUGAAAGUUGCUCUGUAAACGUACAGUUACAAAACCAGUCUCUGUUCCCCUACAAUUUGAAUAAAAGCGAGCCAGUGGAGGCCAAGUGGAUCGUCCCAGGUCAUCAUUAUUUUAUCGCGCUUCACGAAGAUGACACACAGUUGUGCAAGCUUGGUUUAAGGCUUAAUGUGUCUGUUAAAGCCCAGCUCUGCCAGGCCACUCCUCUGAUUCAACUGUGCUCGGGGAAUGGAGUGUGUCAAACGGAUUUCUGGAAGGGCGCGUACCACUGUCGAUGCCGCCACCACUACUCAGGAAGAUUUUGUGAAAAGUUUGAUGUCUGUAUGAAUAAUCCUUGUGAAAACAAAGGAGUCUGCUUGAGCAACGGGUCCACAGAUCCAAGCAACAGGACCUACAGUUGCCUCUGCCCACCACAUUUUACAGGCAUCAACUGCUCUGAAGUUGUUGGGAAAGAAAACUGCGACCAAAUUUGUGAACACGGGAAGUGUGUUCAAACUUCAUCCACCUCCUUCACAUGCAUGUGUGACACCGGAUUGUCUGGCCCUCCUUGUGCAAAGAAGAAAGCCCUCUGUGACCCAAAUCCAUGCAGAAAUGGUGGGACUUGUAUAGAGACCCCCAAAGGAUUCACAUGCCUCUGUCUGGACUCUGAAGUUGGCUCGGACUGCGUGCCGUAUUCGUGUCCGGAGGAACAAAAUUGCACUGCAGGGGAGCAUGUCUCUGGAUGUGUUUGUGCAGAUGGUACUGUGGUCCCAGAAUGCAGGAGGCAGCAGAGCAUGUGCAGCCCAUCGCCUUGUCUGAACAAUGCUACUUUCGUGCCAAGGGGAAAGGAUUACUUCUGCAGAUGUCUGAGUGGCUUUUCUGGGAAGAACUGUGAAGAAAUAAUUGACUACUGUCGGCUGCUCAAUAUCAACUGCCUAAAUGAGGGAUUGUGCUUGAGUGUAAUUGGCGGAUAUCAGUGCAUUUGUGCCCCAGGUUGGAUCGGGAAGUUUUGUCAACAUGUGGGAGACGCCUGCUUGAUGAAACCAGACAGCUGUUUAAAUGGAGCCACUUGCAUUUCAACAAGUCAGCCGUCGUCUCCUCCUCAGUACAUCUGCAAGUGUCCCCCUGGUUUCACAGGAACACUCUGUGAGACUGAGAUCAACGAGUGCAACUCCAGCCCCUGUCAGCACAACGGCACAUGCUCUGACUUACUUGGAGAAUACAUAUGCAAGUGCCCUGCAGGUUUUAAAGGAAAGAAUUGUGAAUUUGACAUAGAUGCCUGUGCCCUGCCGGACAGCAUUUGUCCAACGAAGACUCAGUGUUUGGAUCUUCCAAAGGGCCUUGAAUACACCUGCCGUGUCCCCUGUCCUCCAAACCUCCAACCGUGUGCCAAUGGAGGGCGCUGUGUGUUGAACAGUGCCAGCAGCUACACUUGCAUCUGCGCACGUGGUUGGUCGGGUCAGAACUGCCGUAUAAAUGUCAACGACUGCAUUCAGCACUGGUGUCAAAAUGGAGCCACUUGUGUGGAUGAGAUUGGUGGUUAUAGCUGCCUUUGUCCCAGUGGACACACAGGGGUCUACUGUGAGGGGGACAUUGAUUUCUGCAUUGACAAUCGCUGCUCUGAACACGGUGUUUGCCUGGACCAGCAAUAUAACUUCACUUGCCGCUGCGUGCCUGGGUUUGAGGGCCCGCUCUGUGAGGUGGAAGCAAAUGAGUGCAACAGCUUCCCGUGCACAAAUGGAGCCACCUGUGAGGACCUAAUCAGUGAUUAUCGGUGCCACUGUCCCCUGGGGUUUGAGGGAAGGAGCUGCUCUCAGAAUGUAAAUGAUUGCUGGUCGCAGCCUUGUCUAAAUGGAGGGUCGUGUAUGGAUCUGACAAAUGACUACAUUUGUCACUGUCCUCUUGGAUUCAAGGGGAAAGACUGCUCUCUGGAUAUCGAUCUUUGCUCAUUUGGACUGUGCAGUGAACAUACAUUAAUAUGCACAGAGGCCAAGGAUGGACAGAGUGUCUCUUGCAUGUGUGAAGCAGGGUUUGAGGGGUCAUUUUGUGAAGUAAAUAUCAAUGACUGCGAGUCCAAACCAUGUCAGAAUGGUGGCAUUUGCGUGGAUGGCAUUGGCCUGUAUGAGUGCCUGUGUGCAGAGGGUUUUACAGGUUUCAACUGUGACAUCAACUACAGUGAAUGUGCCCAUGGACACUGUGCCAGUAAUUCCACGUGUAUCGACUUGGGUGCAGACUAUGAGUGCAUCUGUCCUUCAGGCUUCACUGGUAAGAAUUGCUCCAGAUCUUUGUCUGAGUGCUCAACAGAUGGGGAGCUCUGCAGAAACAGAGGAACCUGUUCCAAAACCUUAGAUGGGGAAGUGCACUGUGUUUGUCCUAAUGGAUACCAGGGCAAAGACUGCUCCUGGUCCAGUAGCCAGUGUGUGUCAGAUCCCUGCCACCCUGAAGGGACUACCCUCUGCGAAGAGCUUGGGAGUACUUAUAGAUGUGUGUGUCGUCACGGCUAUACCGGAGCACGCUGUGAAUCCCUCAUAAACCACUGUGUUGAUGGUCUUUGUCAACAUGCCUCGGCUUGUGUGGAUCUGUCGAGAGGGUUCAGAUGUGAUUGUUUACCAGGUUUAACAGGCCAGUUUUGUGAGAUAAACAUUGAUGACUGUGCAGAGGAUCCAUGCGGAGUUCUGAGUGUUUGUAGAGAUGCUCUGAAUGGCUACAGCUGCUUUUGUGCACCUGGAUUUAUUGGAAACAACUGUGAGAUUGAAGUGAACGAAUGUCUAAGCCGGCCUUGUCAAAAUGGGGGCUCCUGCCUGGAUGAGCUCAACUCAUUUAGCUGCCAGUGUCCUCUUGGGAUCACAGGAAACUUGUGUGAAGUCAAUAUAGAUGAGUGCAUCUCCUCUCCCUGUCUGCACAACGCCACAUGUGUCGACCUUGUUCAUGGCUAUGACUGUGUCUGUAAGCUUGGCUUUACAGGUACGGUAUGUGAACUCGACAUUGAUGAGUGCGCUUCAUCUCCUUGCAAGAAUGGAGCAAGUUGCUUUGACCUGCCUGGUAAUUACUUCUGCCAGUGCGUGGCUCCGUUUAAAGGUCAUAAUUGUGAAUUCCUACCCUGUGAGGCCAGUAAUCCCUGCGAGAAUGGCGCAGUGUGUGUAGAGGAGUUGGAUCAGGACCAUUUCCCCUUGGGCUUCCGCUGUCACUGUCGUCGGGGCUUCACUGGCCCCCGCUGUGAAAUCAAUGUGGACGAGUGCAGCUCCAGUCCCUGUUUUCACGGUUUCUGCUAUGAUGUUGUAGAUGGUUUUUACUGCCUUUGCAGUCCUGGUUAUGCUGGGCUGAGAUGUGAGCAAGACAUUGAUGACUGCGUCAACAGUUUGUGCAGUUCCAACUCAGUCUGUAAGGAUCACCAUCAGAGUUAUGAGUGUGUGUGUCAUCCAGGCUGGGAGGGGAAGUACUGCCAACAAGAAACUGAUGAAUGUUUAUCACAGCCCUGCAAAAACAACGCCACCUGCACAGACCUUCUCAAUAGCUACAAGUGCUUCUGCUCACCGGGCUGGACAGGUGGGAACUGUGCAGAGGAUGUGAAUGAGUGUGAUUCUGGACCCUGUCUAAAUGGAGCACAGUGCAAAGAGUCAAACAUACCUGGGGAGUUUUCUUGCACCUGCCCUCCCUUCUUCACUGGGCCCUUCUGCAACCAUCCCUAUGACCCGUGUGAGCCCCUCCACAAUCCCUGCCUGCACAACUCCACCUGCCUGACACGCUCCAAUGGAACGGCCUCUUGCAGAUGCCCAGCUGGAUUUGAAGGAAGUUUGUGUGAAAUUGACACCGAUGAGUGUGGCUCAAGUCCAUGCCAAAACCAGGGAGGCUGUGUGGACCAGGUCAAUAGUUACAGGUGUGAAUGUGCGCUUGGGUUUUCUGGCCUUCACUGUGAGGAAGACAUCGAUGAGUGCGCCUCCACCCCAUGCAGCAACGCCGGCAUCUGUCAGGACCUUGUGAACAAGUUCCAGUGCAUUUGCCCUACUGGUUAUUUUGGAGUGCUGUGUGACCUGGAUGUGAACGAGUGUGAAGUUUCACCUUGCCUGCACGAAGGCAUCUGUAUCAACACGCCUGGAGGCUUCAAGUGUGUCUGCCGGCCCGGAUACACAGGAUCACGGUGUGAAGAAAAUGCCGAUGAGUGUGCUUCAAACCCAUGCCAAAACGGAGGAGGGUGUAUCGACGGGCCUAAUCGAUACCACUGCUGGUGUUCUGAUGGCUUCAUCGGUCUCCACUGUGAGACCAACUUUGACGAAUGCAUGUCAGCACCUUGUCUUCAUGGGAGAUGUCAGGAUGGCAUCGACUCCUACACCUGCCUUUGUGAAGCCGGGUGGAGCGGCAGCAGAUGUGAAACAAACAUUGAUGACUGUGCCCGCAGCCCCUGUUUGAACGGAGGCUCGUGUGUGGAUCUCAUUGAUAAAUUUGCAUGCUUCUGUCUGGAUGGCUACACGGGAAAAACGUGUGAAAAUGAUAUAGAUGUCUGCAAAGAAGCUGCUUCAAAUGUUUCACUGUGUUUCAAUGGAGCCACCUGCAAAGAUGGUGAAGGAUCAAACUUUACUUGCAGCUGUCCACCAGGUUUCGUGGGGGAUUUCUGUGAAGUGGAUGUUAACGAAUGUUGCUCAGCACCCUGCCAGAACGCUGCUGUUUGCCAAGAUCUUAUUAAUAGCUACGUCUGCCACUGCAGGUCAGGUUGGACAGGCCUUCACUGUGAGGAUGACAUUAAUGAGUGCCUUCCACAGCCCUGCAACCAGGGGAUAUGCAUCCAGAAUGAUCCAGGCUAUGGCUACACCUGUUUCUGUCGUCCUGGAUUUGUGGGGAGGAACUGUGAGCACAAUUAUGAUGACUGCCUGCCAAAUCCAUGUCCAGAAGCAUUUUCGUGUGUAGAUGGCGUCAACAAGGUCAGCUGCCUGCCUCCUGUUAUGGAUCCAGUUCCCUCGGCGACCGUAGGCAAGAACAUCACUAGCAGCUAUACACCCCGAGCACCGACACCAACGUUCACCCCAGCCCCAGCAGAUAAUACAAGCUACCUUCGGUAUUUUGGGAAUUCAUACCUUGAGUUUGAAGGCUUUGACCUCAGUAAACUCAACAACAUUACGGUGAGAUUCCAAACUGCUGCCGCUCAAGGGACUCUGCUGUACGUGGAUCAGGGACCUGUUAACGGAGAUCACUUUUUCAUGAAACUCUUCAUCCAGAAUGGCAUCUUACAGUAUGCCUUCUGCUGUAAUGAAGAAGAAGAGGUUACUCGGUUGAGUACGUCAGUUCGAGUUGACGAUGGCGCAGUUCACAUCGUAACCAUCAGACAACACCUGACCCCUUGUGAAGCAGAACUGAUGCUUUCUGGCUAUGAGAAAAUUAAAAGCACAGCCAGUAAUUACUGGUUGGGCCACACGACUCAAAGAACAAACCAUGUCUUCGCAGGUGGUUUGCCUCAACAGUAUCUCCUCAAUCCGAAAUCAAUGCCGUUCUACAAUUAUUCUGGCUGCAUUGAAGUAAUUCAUAUUAACCAGCUGAGAAGCUUUUACAUCUCUGAUGCCAUUGCUGGCAGCAACAUCAAUAGAUGCAGAUAUCCUUUAGAUACCGUAGAGACCACCACAGCUGGCCUGAUAACUCCGUCAUCGGCCUCUGAUACAACGGACAUGACUGCAGCAGCAUCUCCACGUCAUCCCGCUCAUGAGCCUCAAGUCUGCCACGAGGAUCUUUGUCGUAACGGAGGAACCUGUCAUCAGUGGCAGCUGCUUGGCAGGACCGUACCUUCCUGUCACUGCCCGCUCCAUUUUACUGGAACCUAUUGUGAAAAAGAUGCCAGAGUGUAUAUCCCCUCCUUCGAUGGCACAUCCUUCUUGGAGCUGCAGCCUCUUACGUCCCUUCGACAGCCUCCCGGUGAUGCCGACAACCGGCCCUCAACAGCUGACACCACUCUCCAUUUGCGAGUAAAAACGACAUCGACACAAGGCACCAUCCUCUUCUCUCAAGAGCAGAGUUUUGGAGAACAGUUCCUUCAUCUGUUCCUUCAAGAUGGAAUCCCUGUUGCUAAACUCGCUUGCGGUGGCAGCCAUGUUUUGAACGCAGCUGCUGGCAAUAGUGUCAACAAUAACAGAUGGAUGCCAAUCAAAAUCCGGUUCAGGCUGCCUGUUGGCAAACAAGGGGGGUCAUGCAAGAUUGAAAUUGCAGCAGAUAAUGGCACAGCGCAGCAUCUGGAGGAGUUUGUGUCACACCCGGUGUCAGAGACAACAUUUGGACCCGUAUUCCUCGGUGCUGUUUCGUCUCACUGGGAAAUGCAUGAUAGGAGUGCAAAAGGAGAUAGGAGAUUCAGUGGCUGCAUCCGAGAUCUUCAGGUCAACUGGAACAAGAUCGACCUGGUGGGUGAGUCGGUGAGAGGCAGGAACAUCAAGAACUGUGACCCUCCUGUGUGCCAACACCUUCCCUGUCAUAACGGAGGAACGUGCAUCAGUGAUGGCGAGGACUGGUUCUGCGAGUGCCCCCGUCUGUACACCGGCCGGCUGUGUCAGCUCACCGCCUGUGAGCGCAGCCCCUGCAGUCACGGAGCCACAUGCAUCCCAAAGUCGCCGCUGGAGGCUGUUUGUCUCUGCCCUUUUGGAAGACAGGGUCUGCUGUGUGACCAAGACAUCAAUAUAACUCGUGCCAGAUUCAGUGGAAGAGAUGAGUUUGGUUACACGUCCUUUGUGGCUUACGCCUCCGUCCCGAGCCUGAGUUUUUUUUACGAGUUCAAGCUGAAGUUCACACUUGCAAAUAAUUCAUCUGCUGUCAAAGACAACCUGAUCCUGUUUGCUGGACAGAAAGGGCAAGGGGGUGAUGGUGAUGACUUUCUUGUUUUGGGAUUGCGAAGCGGAAGGGUUGUACAUAGAUUUAAUCUGGGAUCAGGAGUCGCGACCGUGGUCAGUGAUCGACUCGACGUCCGCAUCGACAUCCACUCCAUCACCUUCGGAAGGUCAAAGAGAAUCGGAUGGCUGAAGGUUGAUGAGCAGCGUAACAGAACAGGAUUUUCUCCUUGGCCUUUGGUGGGCCUCAAUGUCUUCAACCAGCUCUUUGUAGGUGGAUAUAACGAAUUCACCCCUGAACUGCUGCCGCUUGGCUCCAGGUUCCACCAAGGCUUUCAAGGGUGCAUUUUUGAUGUGCAGUUUCGGACGAGACGGGAUGGAAGGUUUCAGGCGUUGGGGCAGCCUGCGGGUCAUCCAGCCUUUGGGCGAAGUGUGGGUCAGUGUGGAGUCACUCCCUGUGUUCAGGUUCAUUGCAAGAAUGGGGGGACAUGCGUGGACUCUGGCUCUUCUGUGUACUGCCAGUGCCCUUUUGGAUGGAAAGGAGCUCUCUGCACUGAGAACGUGUCUGUGUGUGACGCUGAGCACAACCCUCCUCCUCUUUGUGCCCAGGGAUCCACCUGCAUCCCUCUGCCCAAUGGAUAUACCUGUCGGUGCCCCCUGGGGACUGCAGGACUCCACUGCCAGAGAGCUGUCACCAUCAGCGAUCCAUUCUUCAGCGCUAACCAGUCUUCUUGGAUGUCAUUCCCAUCUAUGAGGAUUAGACACAGGGCUGUAAUAGAGCUGCAGUUCCAGCCUCUGUCACCUGAUGGCAUCCUCUUGUACUCUGCACAGCAUCUCAGUUCCAGAGCUGGAGAUUUCAUCUGUCUCUCCUUGACAUCUGGGUUUGUCCAGCUAAGAUACAAUCUAGGAGAUGGCACCCACAUCCUACAGACGACUAAGAAAGUGGACUUGCUCGGCAGGACCUGGCACACGGUGAAGGCUGGACGAUUUGGUCACCAAGCCUUCCUUAGUCUGGACAAUGAGGAGGUCAGAGAAAAUGGGACCAAGAGGAUGACCACUCUUGACGUGGCUACAGACGUCUUUGUUGGAGGUGUGUCCACUCUAAGCUUUGUCUCUCCAGACGCAACGGAAAGGGAGCCAAUGAGCUUUACAGGUGGUCUGAGGGAACUUCUAAUCAAUGGUCAAGAGCUUGAGCUAACGGAGGUGGGAGCCGUUGGUGGAGCAAACGUAGGUGAUUGGGAUGGAACACCCUGUGGGUUUAAAGUGUGUCAAAAUGGAGGUCGGUGCAAAACUACAGGGUUUAACUCCUUUGUAUGUGUAUGCCCGUCGUUAUGGACUGGCCCUGUGUGUAACCAGUCCAUAAACUGCAUAAAAAACAUCUGCAGACGUGGUUCCAUAUGUGCUGUGUCUGCUGUCGCCUCCUACAAAUGCAUAUGUCCUUUAGGAUGGACAGGGACUUACUGCAACACGGAAAUGUCCACAGAUACUUUCAGGUUUGUUGGAACAUCCUACAUUAAAUAUAAAGACCAGAGAUUCAACUCAAGAAACUUGAAAUACACACAAGUCUCUUUCAGUUUCCGCACAAGCUCCAGAGACGGUUUGAUCCUGUGGGUGGGAAAGGCCGAGCACGGAGACGACGACUACCUCGCAGUUGGACUUGAAGGCGGUCAUCUGAAGAUUGCCGUUAAUCUUGGAGAAAGGUUUUGUUUUCCUCUAACUUUCAAAAAUGUCUCUCUGUGUUGCAACAGAUGGCACAACGUGUCCUUAAAUCUAAACAGCACAGUCGUCCAGGUGUUCCUGGACGGUAGAGAAAGCAUUUUGGAAGAUCUGGACCCAUUUGAGAGAUACGUAGCCUUAAACUACGGGGGUCUGGUUUACUUUGGAGGUUUUGAACUUCACAAAAACAUGUCGGUCAUCACCUCUGAGAUUUUUUCAAAAGGUUUAGAAGGAAGCAUCAGAAACAUUUUAUUGUUUGGAGAUACGAAACCAGAACGGUUCGUUAGAAACAGUGAGGGUUUUAACAUACAUGAUGGUCUUGUUGUGUAA